GUGACAGGUUCUGGACCGCUGAGACACUGCGCGGAACUGUCAUUGGUCUCUUCACUUUACUUCAGAACUUAAGAGAAGUUCGCAGCGGCCCCUUUGCAGAGACCUCCUCCCUCCUCCGGGGCCCGCGAUUCCUUGCUGUGUUUCAUCCCGGAUCCCCGCCUCCUAGGGCAGGGGGGUGGGAGGGGGUGUUUGGUGAACCGGCCCUAUCUGCAAAACCCCCGAGCUGCUCCAGAGCAAGAUGAGCGCAGACGGGGACUCCGGGAACCCCCUGCCCCGGCUCUGUAAUCUGGAGAAGGGGCCGAAUGGCUACGGCUUCCACCUCCACGGCGAGAAGGGCAAAGUGGGACAGUUUAUCCGGCUGGUGGAGCCAGGCUCGCCGGCCGAAAAGGCGGGACUGCUGGCCGGUGACCGGUUGGUGGAGGUGAAUGGCGAGAACGUGGAGCAGGAGAGUCACCAGCAGGUGGUGAGCCGCAUCCGAGCCGCGCUCAACUCCGUGCGCCUGCUGGUGGUCGACCCGGAGACGGACGAGCGCCUGCAGAAGCUGGGCAUCCAGGUGCGGGAAGAACUACUGCGCGGACAAGCCGAGCCGAGCCCGCAGGGGGCCGCGGAGAAGCAGGCGGAUGGAGACGAGAAGCAGCAGCCGGCAGCGGCGGACGAGCCGCGGGAAGAGAAGAGCCAGCAGGAGCAGAAGGAGCUGAGACCCCGACUUUGUGUUAUGAAAAAAGGUCCCAAUGGCUAUGGCUUCAACCUGCACAGUGAUAAGUCUAAACCUGGCCAGUAUAUCCGUGCGGUGGAUUCCAACUCACCAGCUGAGGCUUCAGGGCUCCAGGCCCAGGAUCGGAUUGUGGAGGUGAAUGGGAUCUGCAUGGAAGGAAAACAGCACGGGGACGUGGUCGCUGCAAUCAAGGCUGGGGGAGAUGAGACCAAGCUGCUAGUUGUGGACAAGAAGACGGACGAGUUCUUCAAAAAGUGUAAAGUGAUACCGUCCCAGGAGCACCUGAGUGGUCCCUUGCCAGAGCCUGUUGCCAACGGAGAGGUAGAGAAGGAGAGCAGUGGCACCUGGACUGAAGAAGUGUGUGAGAGCCCCAAACCAGCAUCAUCAAGAUCUACCCUUAGUGAAACUAGUGAUGAGAUGGAUUCUCAAGACAAACAAGAUUCCACUCCACCAUCUUCUACAUCUUCCUCCUCUGACCCCAUUUUGGACUUCAACAUCUCCCUGGCAGUGGCCAAAGAGCGGGCUCACCAGAAACGGAGCAGCAAACGUGCACCACAGAUGGACUGGAGCAAGAAAAAUGAACUCUUCAGCAAUCUCUAAGCAUCUCUUCCAAUGUCCUCCUCCUUCCCUUCCCACCAAACCAUCCUGGAGAAUGGGGAGAAAGUUGGGGUGGGGGUGGGGUGCUGAGUUGUGCCCUCUUGGUCUUCCUUCCCUUUCCUCUUCUCCACUUAUUCCAAAUCAAAGUAUAAAUCAGCACCAGCAUCUGAUUUUCCUAGACAGACACCCAUGUUCUUUCUAAAACCCAAGGAGCAUGUUUUCCUAUUCUAUCCAAAUGAAAAGACACCUUUCCCUAAAUCCCUUCUUCUUAGGGCCCUAAGAAGGGUCUACUUCUUGACUACGUAUUCCCUACUCCCUGCCAGCUGGAGGACUAUGAGAUGAUUUAAUAGGAUAGAUUUUUUCCAAUUCAUUUUUUUCAUGCCAUCCAACAUAAAACUGUCCUGAGCCUGAGAAUGGCUGAAUGCACCCUACAGGCAGAAAACACAGCUCAGGGAUGGACAGGGUCUUCUCCCUAAAAGCUGUAAAUCAGGGUAUUUGGAGGGGUUUUUUUUGGGGGGGAGGGGAGUGGGUAGUGUCAUACAUAAGUUUAGAAGGAUUUUUUUUGUGUUAUGAUUAACAUGAUUUUUCCCAGUU